AUGCUUUGCGAAUUCCGACUUUCCCCCACCAGCGCCGUGAUGGCGUACCUCCUUUUUUUUUUGUUAAGGACCAUUGAAAACAACACAUAAUAAAUGCUGUUACGCUUGGCGUCAGUGUGCUUUUUAAGAAAGUAUUGUGUAAUAACUAAAAGCAAUUUAAAGACAUCAAUCUAGAGUAUACGACUUCUUGAUAAAAAAGGAGAGAGAGAGAGAGAGAGACGCAACGGUUUCUGAAGGAUCACCAUAAUGUGCGUGUGACAAUGUCGCUGUGUCUCCCACGCUAUCAGGACUGCAGCAGAAUGAUUACAAAUCAGGAACAGGAGCAGGAGGAGGAAUUUAUUGCAGUCAGAGUGCAAGACCCCAGAAUUCAAAAUAAGGAGUCCUGGUACUCUUAUGUAGAUUUUAAAAUAUUCCUUCACUCAAACAGCAAGGCUUUCACUGCAAAGACCUCGUGCGUGCGCCGGAGGUACAGCGAGUUCGUCUGGCUGAAAAAGAAGCUGCAGAAGAACUCGGGCUUAGUGCCAGUCCCAGAGCUUCCACCCAAAACCCCCUUUUUCAGCGUUGGCAACGAGGACUUCAUAGAGAAGAGACGGCAGGGGCUCCAGCAGUUUCUAGAGAAAGUGGUGAACAGGACUGUGUUCCUGUCGGACAGCCAGCUCCACCUCUUCCUGCAGACCCAGCUCUCUCCAGAACAGAUCGAGGCCUGCGUUCAGGGACACGCCCCCUACAGCGUCACCACCGCCAUCCUCCGCUACGCCUCGUCCAAUCAGGGCUGGGCACAGGAGGAAGAGGGCGGAGCCUCGGAGGAGGAUUGCAAGCGCAACCUCCCUGUCUUCUAUGAGUCACCUGACAGCCCCACCCCUCGCCACCAGCCCAGUGAAUGCGAAAGCAGCUCUGAGAUCAGCCUGGCGGAGAGCGACGCCCACACUGGAUCCGACGACCAAUCGGAUAGCAGGGACUGAACUUUUUAGCACGGCAAGAUUCCAAACACUGACUACCAGAGAGGAUACAAGGUCCUGACUUUCCCUUCAAGGCUGAUUGAGGGAAUCUGUACCUUUACAGGUCUGCUGAACGACAUGCCCUAUCAAAUACCGUAGAGAGCUUAUUUAUUGCCCGUGUGCUCUGGCUAUGUAUGCAGUACCUUGUGAAAUCCUUUCAGUUUAUGUAUUGAAGUGUUUGUGGGCAUCAGUGUGUGUUUUUUUAUUUUUUCAACACUUCAAGUGUUGCUCUGGGCUUGUGUAUGUUUGCAAUGUAAUGAAAACAUAUUAUUUCCAUGUG